UGCCUCUAGUAAACAAAGAAGUGUUUCCGUGAAUUAUCGUCCAUUCUAAUUGAAUUUAAAUACCAGCCAGGAAAAGAGCCUAUAAUAAAUAUCGAUGAAAGGCUAAAUAGGCUUAUUAUCGUGGAGACUUUCGCCCUAAACACGGGGAGAUGACUCAGAACGCAUUCAAGUGUUUCAUUUCCCAAUUGGAGUGAUUUGGUUGUGUCGCUUGGGACAUUCCUUACACGCCGGGGCCCUUAUCUCUGCCGAGGGAGGCCCGGAAUUGCACAAUAAAUCAACGCAGACUCGCGUUAUCAGCUCUUCGCUGUAAUUUUGCUACAAUCUUGUAAACAAUACGCAAAAACAAAGAGAGUGACCAGUGAAUUGUUUUGAGCAAUGCAUCAACGUUAAUGAUGGUGGCGACGGGCGAGAAUUAGUCAACCGUGGAAGGAACUGAUAAAAAUGGGCAGCAAUCGGCGCCAAGUGUAGCAAAGAAUGAACAGUUUGUCGUGAACAUGGAGAGUGGACAGCGUAAGAAAGUGCCCAGUGCCUCGGAGAAGGAUGUGAUUUUGCGCGCAUGGAAGAUUUCUGAUGAUGUUGCUGUAAUCAAAGAUGUCGCCACCAAAGGAAGCUACAUUGAUUUAUGUGUUGAAUACCUGGCCGGCAAACGUCGCAUAUCAUUGGAAGAAAGUCGAAAAUAUUUCGACCACCAUGUCGAUAUCUAUGUCACCCGCCUGCUGAAAGAAAGACUCAUCUGCAAAGCACAAGACGUACUCCAAAACAUUGGAAGAAAUGUCGAGCAUGUGUAUUUCCAGUUAGCCCAUUCGACGGGAGAUUUAUCCUUAAAAAUCGACCUUUUGGAACACCUGAGAAAACGAGAUCCGAAAGAUUUUGAGAGACGUUCAAAAGAAUAUGAAGUUCAAUGUCGAAUGCUGUUGGAGAUUGCGAAAAAUGAAUCGCUAAUGCGGAGAAUCACUCAAAGCAUAGGCGACUUGAAGUUAGAAAAUCUCUACAGCCAAGGGGAGGAUUUCCGAAAACGUUUAGUGGCGUCAGUGUACUACGAGUUACGAGUCGAUUGGCUUAUUCCACUGCUUGAUCGAAUACAAGCUUGGCGUUAUUUAGUAUCUAAGGAGUUUUGCAAUGAGCUCUUGAUCUGGACUACGAUAUAUUACAGUAAAAAGUAUAGUUUAGAGAUCGAAAUCAGUACACAGUUACGGCCAACUUACUACGAUUGGGAAGUCGACGAUGAGAUGUUCAGAGAAGCUUUACAAAUCGUGAAACCACCUGAAGUAUUAAGGAAUAUGUUCGCUGCAAAUGGUUACAUCUUUCCAGACGAAAAGGAAAAUGUGCAGAAGAUUUUGUUAAGACUUUUUACAACGGAAAGCUUUUUGGAAAAUCGCAACCUAAUCAAAGAGCUCCCGCUCAUUCAAUAUAUAAUCAAAAAUGAUGACCUUAACAUCCUUUUGGAGGAGCCAAUCUUAAAUGCGGACCUUGAAGAUGUAAAACCUCAGUUUCCAAAUCGCGAAGAUGAUAUUGCUCUUCUUAUCUCUCUUAAAUCAUACGACAUAAAAGAUCCACACCAACUUGGGAAAGUUUCGCGAAGCGUAGGAAGCUAUCUCCAGAAAUUUCGGCCGAAUUUGUACGCCGACAACCCAGUGAUUCGUUUAUUUGAACUUUUAGCGGAUAAUGUUACGAUUGAGGAUAUGAAGAAGCCAGAAAACAUGGAAUUGCUCGAAAAACUUCCGUAUCUUGAAGAGACGAUCAAAAGAGCACAAUGUCCCCAACCAGAGUGUACAGUUACGAUGGAAGAUUUCCUGCAGAAAUUCAACAAAGUUAACCUGCGGCGAAUCACUGAAGAUUUGGGUGACGAGCUAGUCAGCUUUUCCAACGAAACACUCAGCAAGAAAUAUGCGUCAAAAAUACAGCUCAAUUAUUGUGAUUUCAUAAGGCAGAAUCGGAGUGCUUAUGCGGUGUAUUGCCAUUUGUUAGAUCAGUUUGGCAAUUAUUCAAAAAUUUCCAAGGCUCAGUUAUGCAUAUCUGCAGAGCACGUGACUGAAAUGGCUUUGAGAGCUAACCAUGAACCAGACUUUGUGCUCAGUUGCAUAGCUUUUGUUGAAAUGUUGGGUUUCGAUACGAAAGCAAUAAGAGCAUAUUUGAAACUGAAGCAGCUAUCAUGCGACACCAUUGACGAUAAAAUCACUCUUCCGGACCAAUUGAUUAAGAUCUCAGAAAGGAAAAUCAUCAAAGAUUAUCACAAAUCGUCUGGAGAAUUUCCAGUUCGUACAUACAAUGCCAUUGUUACAAUCGCGAAAAGUCUUCAAACUAACAUUUGGCCAGACAUUCAUAUUUCGGAUAUUGCCUCAGCGGAUAACUGGCUUCAUUUUGUACUUUUUGCUCAGUACUUUGACAUUCCACUGCCGCAUUUGGCGAAAUUUGCGAAGAUGUUCAAAUCGCCGGCGAUUGGAGAACACUUAAUUCGCGCUUUCUGUCAGGAUAAUGUAGUUGAGAAACCAAAACGACACCAAAGCUUUUCCAGGCAGGAGUUCAAGAGGAGAAGCAAGAAUUUGGGGGAUGAGAAAAAUAUGCAAGCAACAAGUAUGGACACUUUUACAUCUUCAUCAUCUGGAGACACCACUCAUCUUCAAAAAUCUCGGAAUCAAUUGAAACUCCUACAACAAUUCGAAGAAAAGGAUAUUUUCGCGGUUAUCUUGCUAAGUGCUGGUGAAUCCUCCGAAGAAGACAUCGGCUCAUACCAAAAGUUCAUUCAGAUAAUAAAUGAUAGACAGUCAUAUAGCAUGUCCCUGAAUCUCAUACGAAACGCCAUCACUUACAAUUUCCCAAUACUCGCCAUACUAGCUGCAGAUACUAAUGAUCGUAAUUUGAAUUGGUGCUGGGCAACGUGGCUGCUCACUUCUGUGAAUUUUGGGAAGAAAACCCAAAGAUGCAAUGAUGAAUUGGAAUUUUGCCUUUCUUUGAUCGAAUAUAGUGUCAAGACGCAGCAUGUGAGGACGCUGUAUCAAAGUUUUCAAAUAUUUUUCAAGGAUAGCGAAUUCAAUUAUUUAACGAAAUUCCUUCUCGAUACAUCAGAGCAUAUUUUUGAAGAUGAAACCGUCACUUGCCUUAGAUUUUAUUUCCAAGCUGUCAGCAACGAGAGCAUCACUCUGCCACUCACCGAUACCUUCCAAUAUAGUCUAAACGAUUUCAGCAUAAAGCUCAUCUUCCUCCACUUGAAAUAUAACUUCAGUUCGUCUCACUAUCGACAUAUGUUCCUAGACACUGUUUGCAAGGCAAAUUUAAGCAGACCGAGGCAUGAUUUUGAACUUCUCAAAAGAGUUACCGAAAUAAUUAUGUUCACGAAAGCUGAAAUUGACUACGAACGUCUGAUAACCGAACCAGGCUAUUCGAUUCGCAGUGAAUGCCGGAAAAUUUGUUCGUUUCUGGAAAACGUUAGAGAAUUCGAGAAAGCAAUCCAACUAGCAACAAUCUUGAACAUGACUAUAAGCAACAUUGUCUAUGCAAAGUGGGUCAACAGCGUCGAGGAAGGCCCUGGAGAACUAGAUCUAAGUCAAUAUGAAAAGGAGACUGAAACCUAUAUCCUGCCACCGGAAAUUCUCAUCAACUUCUAUCUCUACGUGUCUACAAGAGAUUUUAUCUCAGACAGUCAGAGAUAUCAUAUCCUCAAAAAAUCUCUAGACGUAAUAAAAAGCAAUCUUCAUCUGCCCAAUGAAUUUUUCGAUCGGGAUAAUGUCGAGUUUGAAAUGAUUCUCACAUAUCUGGAAAGUGAUCUGACUAUCGAUGACAUAGAGGUGUAUCAUUCAAACUACUAUGAGAAAGUUUUGGUGCAGGAACGUUGCGUUCUCUACAAGUCAUUUCCAGAACUGAAGGAGUUGUCUGGAGUUGAUAAUCUUAAAGCCAAAAAAGUUGAUUUAACGGAAACUACAAGACUGAAACUGGAAGUAUUAAUUUAUAGAUUACUGGAUGAUGGCGAUAUUGUUCAAGCGUUGCGACAGCAGGCAAUGUUCGAUUAUCGACCUAUAGAUCUGCACUUUAUUGUGUUCUGUAUGGCGAUGGCAGAAGGCAUAACGCAUAUUUACAAUUUACCGAAUAAUUUAAGGCAGUUAUUGAUUGACGUGGAAAACAAUGCACUGCAUUUCAAUAAGAGAAUAUUGGGAAGGAAUAAAAGUCAACAUGGUAUGGUACCACCCGCAAAGCCUCCAGUAGUGGACAGUGUAACAAACUUGGAAUUCGAAGAGAUUCCCUCUCGAGAGAAACAAGAAGUUUUGAAGGCUUUGCAGGGGAUUGUGUUUCGUUUAAAACAUGGCGUUGAUAUUGGUAAAAGGAUUUUGAUGGUGUAUAGAGCGGCCAUGCACUUGGAUAAGGAGUACUUGGAUGUGCUUAAGACAAAAGAUGCACUAUUCCUAUUGAAAAACGCGAUUGAAGAGGACUGUCUGGAGAAGUUGGUUGUGAUAAGUGAUAUUCUGAUGUCGAGUCAGAUGUCCGAGCAAGAGGUUGCCGACUUUUUAUCCGCAGAAAUCGCCACGGCUGUGAUAAGACCUCGUUUCUACAUUCUCAAUCCGACUCUGCCAACUAUCCAAACAAAUCUUUGGGGAUUUGAUUUGGAAAAAGAUUUUCAUCUUAUUCUCGAACUAGGCACAAAUAGUAUCCUUCUAGGAAACUGUUUGCUCGAUUAUUGUGAUGUUUUAAAAAUUUAUCGCAAGUACCAAGACAACAAAGACUAUGAACGGGAUCUUGAAGAAAAUCAGCAAGUUGUCAAUGCUUUUGAUAGCCUCAGGGAUAUCAUACGACGCUAUGGACUGCCAACCAACCAUUCCGGAACAUCACAGGUUUUGUCACAUAAAAAACAGAAUACAAUAUACGUAGAACUUCUCAUCAAGGCUCAUGAAUGUUUCGUGCAUGAACUGUGCAUGGAAGGGAUCGCGAAUGUGUUAAACAGAGCAAAAACCCUCAACUCUAUUCUAAGUGCCGCAAAAUCAUGGAACUUAAUUGUGAGAUUACUAACAGGGAUUGGUCGAUAUCGGGAAAUGUACUAUUGCAUCGAUACCUUGAUCAGCAACGACCAAUUCGAGUCCUUACUCGGACAGUUCGAUGAAGAUAAAGCCAAAGGACUUCGUCAAGCAAUCAUCCAAUAUAUUCAUGAGAUAUGCCCGCAAAACCGUGAAUAUUACCGUCUAACUGCCUUGCACUUUUCCAUGUUCAAGGAGCUAGCGGAAAUGUGGGAGACUGAGGGAAAUUCUACAUUCGCAAAAAUCAUAUCAAAUUAUCAGGUUGCUGAGGAUCCACCUCCGGCCAAGAACCAAGAGGACGGGAAGAUGUCGAAGAAAUCCAGGCUACGUUGUUCGAAUGAACUUCUAAUCGAUUUGAACCAUGCAAUGGAGAACUUCACUCAUGCCACUGAAAAUUUUUUGAUGGAUAACAAAUUGAAACUUGCUCAGAAGACUGUGGCUCAAGCUGAACUGGCUGCUAUGCAGAACCAUUUGGCGAGCGCGGCGCUGGCUGCAAACGAGGAAACUUGCAUAUGCGUUUUGAAUAUCCAAAAGUAUGCAGUCUUCAGAGAGUUGGUUAAUAAUUAUCUAAGUAUUCCCCAAGCUUUAAUAUUGCAACGAGCGUAUUCCUACGAAAUCGUCUGGUCCGAGGCAAUUCUUAAUCAAUACAUCCUCUUGGAUAGAAGAGACUACAUCGACGAUUAUUGUAACUAUUUUGACUUAAAAGAUAACACCAUUGAAAAUAUCGUGAAAAGCUUCCAAGUGCUAACUAAUGUGACCCCCGCCAUGGAAGAGAAUAUGUCGCAUGUCGUAGAAUUGGUGCAGUCGAUUAGUUUACGAUACAAACUCGCAUCUCUUUUAGGUUUUCGGAAAAUCAUUACGGCUCUUAUCAAUGAUCAAAGUCUGUACUACUUAAAAGAUACAAAUUACGGCCGUAAUGAGAUCGAUUUUAGCUGAGCGAGUUGAAAUUGUUUUGAAUGUUAUUUUAUGAAAAGAGAAAGUUUGCUUUUAUGUAAGUGUUUAUUCCUCAAAUUUGUAGUUUAUUUAUUCUGUUUUCAGUAUGUUAUUUAAAGUAUUUAAUGUCAAUUUUAUAUCAUCCGAAGCAAUAAAUCCAUUCAAAAUGG